CUUCGCUUCUAUCCGAUUGCGCGACUUGGGUGGCGCUUCGCAGACCGUGCCACGAUGCUUGCCGACGCUCAAACGCGCUAGCGUAGUCGCAAUCAUUGCACUUGCUUACAUCGCAUCGUCCAUCCCGUAUGUGGAAUCGUCCACCGCCAUGCUGGUGAUGCAGUGAUCGUACAAAUUACCGAGAAACACCGAUUAAUCGACGAUAGUGACGGUGACCAAGCAACUCUUGGAAACUGGUGAUCUUCGGUUCCUAAUCUUCUGUUCUUCGACGAGUUUCCGGUUUCGUUGUACGGUUGAGUAUUCCAGAUCUUCUUACGAGUUGUUAUUGUUCGAUGUACGAACAAGGAGUAUGGCAAGAAGAUGAAACGACAACACUGUGGCAGAAGAUACGAUGUAUGCUGUGACAAUUGUUCAUCCUUGAGGCAGCGCGUCAAAUUCAUACAUACGAAACUAUAAAACGUCACGCAUUCGUUUAGCGUGUGACAGUUUAUAGUUGUCCUUCGAAAAUUAUUUUUUUGUACGUCACAAACGGCCAAAAAUUUUCGUCAAUAUAUAACAGAGGAUAAUCAAGCUCGUUAAGCUUGUUAUUUAUUCAUUCUGAUAUGGCUGGAUUUGUUACAGCAAAACUCCAAAAAGCACUUGAUUCCGUCACGUAAUUUAUCUUAUUCUGCGUAUUUUAGAGCAGACUGGGUGCACAAUUCAAUUAAAAGCAAGUUUCAAACAACAUAGUCAAUACGGGAAUAAUAAAAUCACGUUAUGUAAUAGUAAUAUGUUAGCGGACUCAAUUAUUCUACUAUCUGCUAUUUUUCGCAUGACAUUACGUGAAGUAAAUUGCCUAACGAACGAAUGUAAUUCCGUGAAUCGCGUCUGACCUGCAUUUCUACUGUAGGAGUAAGCUCGUGACACGGCAUGAAUUUGGAUCGGAAGUAAGAAGGAACCAUCGCCAAAAAACAUGUCGCUGAAUCACUUGAUAGUGGCGGCAAUUGUACUCGCGGUUGCCACCGUCUGUCGCGCGGAGUGCCAGACUCGUUCUAUUUAUUGCUACGAAUGCGAUUCAUGGACGGAUCUCAGAUGCAAGGAUCCUUUUAAUUACACCGCACUUCCAAGGGAUCAACCACCUCUCAUGACUUGCCAUGGCUGUUGCGUGAAAAUGGUUCGCAACGCCAAGUCACCAUAUGAGAGCGUGAGGCGGACCUGCACUUCGCAACUACAAAUAAAUUUAUUCAUGGUGGACCACGUGUGCAUGAUGGAAAGUACCGGCACUGGUCACAUGUGUUUCUGUGAGGAGGAUAUGUGCAAUCAUGUGUCUCCGACCUCGUGUUCGAAUCCUACACUCCUGCUGAUCCUCUUGACGAUCCUUGUACUACGCUCGGUCAUCUUAGGAGCCCCAGCUUGCUUUGUAGAACGUUGCAAUGGUCACGACGUAUAACACUGAUUUAUUCGAUUCACCUGUCAGUGAUCAUAUCCUUCGUAGAAUUUUAGUUUUAGCCAGCGACUUGAAUUCUCGUCGAGACGAGCGGUUCUCACCAGUCACGUACCGGUUGGAUAACACGGAACACGUUGUGUUUCUUUUCACGUUCGUACCAAACCAGAAAGGUAAGACACGAGCUGCGUGUUCCUUGAAAGAGAAGGGAAUCGAUCAAUCGUCGAUUAAUCGUGUCAAACCGUUUUAACCGUACAUUUCAAUUUUUGUGAAUCAAUUCAUGAAUCGAGAAUCGCCGAUCCAUAUUCUCUUCUCUUCAAAGAAUUUUGCACUCUCGCUCGUCCUGAUCCUUUCUUCGGCAUAAAUCGUAACGAAAUAUCUCGACCGUGUUCUCUGUAGAUAAAUCAUCCGAUUCUCUGUCACUCUCGAUUUUGCCACGCGCUCUUCCUCUUGAUUCAUAGCCCCUGCAAAAUGUUUCCUGUACCUUUGCGAUGGUAUCUUUAAUGACAAUUUUAAUUCGCUUCGAAGUGAAAUUUAUCUUAUUGGAAGAUAGUACGUAUUUAAAAAAAAAUAUGGAUCUUUUCCAAUUGAUAUAAUCGUACAAUUUAUUAUAGAUUUUUCAGUUUGUUCGUAUUAUAAUUUUCGAACAAAUUAAACGGAGAAUGAUAAAUCAAAUUACAGCUAUCAGAAAAUUUAGCCUGAAGCGAGUAAAAAUUUAGACGCGUUCUUUAAUUCAUUGUAUGUUCGGAUAAUGUUUCUAUUUGAUGAAAUCUAAUGAGAUGGGAAUUCCUUUCUGACGAAGUUUUGUUGCAUGCAAUCCAGAAUCGAUCGAGACCAUCCCAUUCUUGCAACUGUCAAUCAGUUCUUUCGUUUUUUCUUCCAGUAUUGAUGUAUCUUACAAUUAGAACUUUUUGCUACUUUUUUCAUGGUCAUUGAUCGUUACAAAGUCUUAAGCAUCAAGUUUUCUAGCUCUCAAAGCAUCUUGAUGGCCGAAUCGAGCUGCUCCCGAUACGUAAGAAAUAGUAUUCGUCUUUAUGUCGUGGUAUUUUGGAAUGUUUCUUUCAUUUUUAAAGUUUCCAUUGGCUUGUCGUUUAUCUAUGUUCCAUACCAAGUUCGUCGUAUAUCUAAGCGAACGUGGAUCACGAAACUUCAGAACUUUGAAACGUAGGUAUACUGUUUGCAACGUUGUUCGAUCAUUGCAAGAUCUUGUAGCUAAUGCGUGUUCUAAUUGUAUUAUCUCAAACACACAUUUACUGCUUUCCCAAAGAAAAUCUCCAAGUAACGGAGGAUAAUCGAGACACAGAGAGAAAGAGAAACACGAUAUACAUUCAUUAUUUUAGCGCAUAGAGGUCGACUGAUGGACAAUUUUCUUAUUAACUCGUUAUAUGCUUUAACACUAUUUCAGCGUUGAAAAGUAACUUUAUAAAUGAUCAUUGAUUACGAGAAUAUUACCAAGUUCAUAAUAUAUUGAAGAUCCUUUGCACUUUCAGAAGAUUUUUAUCACAGAUAAUCAAAUUUGAGAUGUGUAACUAGUUUCUCUUUGAACACUUUCGAUCGUGAUUCAUCGAUAUCUAUGCACACACCUUUGACUCUUAUCCAGUCGAACAAAUCGUUUCUGUAUAUCACAUACAAACGAACUAUCAGCACCUUCAACCACUCUCUGUUUCUUGUUAUACAUUGUUGUAACGAUUGUCGUACUUUUCCUCCCCUGUUCUAUGUCUCUAACGUCCUUUAUACGUUUGCCCAUUUGCCAUUCUUAACGAGACACCGGUGUUUCGCGCAUCAUGCACCAUAGGACAGUGGAACGAGAAUGGCCCAUGGUAUAUGGAGCUUAAAGUAGAUCAACGUUCAGGCCGCAUGGUUUCGGCAUGUCCAUCCGUCAGCAACGUCAUGAGAAAGCAACGACUGCAGCCGGCAAGCAUCGACACCAGAAUUUUCCAGCUCUACGUUUUUCGACUUGCUUGAGUCGCGGGCGUGUGCUUUUUCAAUUUCCAAACAAAUUAUUCUCUCUUACUUUUUCAACUAUACGUAACAUAAUAGAAUAUUAUCAAAGGCUUAAAGUUAUUUGAUUAGAUUUAAUUACAGAAUGGGUGGGGUCGGGAUCAAUUCAUUAAAAAUUUGAUUGGGACUCGAUUGAAAUUUGCUAUAGGAUUAACAAUGAAUCAUGUAUAAGAUUGAUCGUUAAAAGGCACGCGCGCGCGGGAUGUACCACAGUAGUACUAGUGAGUUCGACAAUCACGUAUCUAGCAGGAGUGUGUUCCACACGUAGAAAAGUGCGAAUUCGAGUGCAUGGAUUGUAGCACUUUUAUUAACAGUGAAAAGGCAGAGGAAACUUUACGGACGGCUUCUGGAUGAAAGCUUUACCCGAUUAAAAUUGUGUAUUACCAUCCAUGUUACGAUCUUAUCCCCUUUCCUCUGUCCCGCGAUUAUCGUAUCGCCGUGCAGUAACACCUUGCAUGACACUUGCAUGAAUCUGUUGUUAGUAAUUUUUGUGAGAGACUAAAAAUCCCGUAGUCGAUGCUUCAACAGGUAACAGACUUU